AGCCUUUUUAAUGAGCGGAGUCAGUGCAGGGGUCUUGCUGUCUACUCUCCUCUCGCCGUACACUUUAAAUAGCCAGCUGUCCGUUGGCACUGCCCAGCACUGACCCACGCAGACCACCGCUCAGAAUGUCCUGCAACAGGAAACAAGUGCUCUUCCUGCUCGCCGCACUGGUGUGUCUGGACCUCCAUGCCCCCGUCUCCUCGGUGCCCCUCUGUGCCAAUGGCCGCGUCGGCUGCCACAUCCUCUCUCUGUCCGAUCUCUUCGACCGGGUCAUCCAGCACUCGGCGAGGGUUCAUGACCUCUCCAGUGACCUGCACUCCGACUUCGAGCAGCAUUUUCUACCCAGCAAAAACCACAUAGGCAAGGCUUUUCCUAGAUGCCACACGUCUAGCAUACUAACACCAAAUGGAAAAGAGAAUGCACAGAAACUGGCUAGUGAGGAGUUGACGGAGAUCAUCUUGAAGCUGCUGGUAGCCUGGAGGGAUCCCCUGUGGAAGCUGCACCACAGCAUGGCUCAUGAGCCUGACCACUUCAGCAGCCUCAACAGCAACAAGGCGAUGGACAUGAGCGACAUGGUGCACGAGCUCCGCAAGGGCGUCGAGAAAGUCGCCGAGAAGAUGCAGCACUUGGGGAUAAUCAGUAACUCUGUGAGUGGCGUCUCGUCCCGGGAGGCCUUCCUGCCCACUGUGGACCACAGCGAGUCCCAGGGUCUGGCCAACUAUGACCUGCUCCACUGCUUCCGCAGGGACUCCAACAAGGUACAGAACUACCUGCAGAUCCUCAAGUGCAGGAUCGUACCCGAGCACGGCUGCUGAAGAGAAACACACUUUAUAGACUCUUCAAAAAACUUUUCCAAUUUCACAUUUUCCAACUGACAACAAUAUGUAUUAAUUAUUCUAAGCAGAUACAUCAUAAAAUAUUAGUGUUUAUUUUUUUCAUGACAUUGAAAGAAAAAAAGUAUAUUAUAUUAUAUUAUAUGACACACUGGGUACUGAUUUGCCAUGUAAAGGGCUUUAUGAAAUGUACCUAGCAAAGGGAACUUCAAUAUAAUGUUGAAUAAAUACUUGAUUACUU